AUGAUCCUGUGUGUAGUUACAGAUUUCCACAGUAUGAGCAACGUUCGGUUUUCGGCUACACGGGGGAGCACUUCAGGCGGACCUGAUAAGGUCGACAUGUCUUUAGGGAAAGCUGCUCGCGACACUGUUUUGAUGUGGUUGGGUCACCAGAAGCUCGAGCUUGGUUGUUGUAGCUAGCUUGCCAUUUUGCUAAAUGUUCGCACGUAAGGGAUCAUAAUAUACAUCGCUAUAUAGCUAACUACAUGUAUUUAUUUUAGAUACAUUACACUGUCUAUUUGAAACUCAAAAAGACCUUACUACUUAACUACUACUCUUGGCAACUUUGUAUGUUAACCGCGUUCAUUCAAUGCGACCAAGCAAGCUAGCCACUACUAGUCAGCUAACGAACAACAAGCAUAACUUGUUGUAAUGCAGGUCUAUUGUAUUGGCCCAUCCAAACGUCAGCGAGAGUGAUGAAUGUAGUUAGUUAGUUAAUGUACAUAUUCAGCCAAGACUUCCAAGAGCCAGACAAACUUGCAUUCAUAAGCAUGGCAUACAUACAUUGACUGAAAAAUAGCUCACUGACAAGUCAACUUAUUGUUUUGUUCAUCUGACUAUCCUAGAUGAUAUCAUUCGUUUGAACAAGAAAGAGCAACAAGCAAAGAGGCAGGGCCUGGGGAACAGCAGGCCACUACAGAAGGGGAAGGGCUUUGUCCAAGGGAGCUAG